AUGGACUGUACGGUCAUAGAUGCAUAUUUGUAUCUUUUCCUUGAGAAGAGCCAGAUACCUGUAGAGAGAAUGGAUGCUGUUGUAGCAUCAUCAAUGUUUCACCGUGGUCCUGUGGAAACCAAAGGAAAGAUCCCAUGGACUCAGCAGGAGAAAAUGGCUGUUCAGCAAUUUAUGACCAGCUUUGUGGCGAUGCGGAAAGUGCCAGGAAAAAACGAAUGCAUCAUGUGCAUUGAGAAAUCAUCUCCUGCUCUUCAGCGGAGGACAUGGAAGGAUGUGAAAUACUUUGUGCACAAUGAGAUCUUAAAGAUAAAAAAGACACUUAAACAUUGA